AUGAGUGAGGAAACUACCAACACCGGGGAAGUCGUGAAACAGAGUCCACCGGCUGAGGUCAAGCCGGACGUUGAAGAGGAAGAUGAGGUCAAGGACGAGGACCUUGAUAAUAUCGAUCUUGAUGGAGAGGAUGACGAAGAAGACGAAGAUGAAGAUGAUGACGAUGAAGACGAGGCUCUCCGUGGACGCAAAAAGAAGCGCGGUAACCAGUUCCUGGAUGUUGAGGCCGAAGUUGAUGACGACGAUGAGGAGGAUGAAGACGACGAGGACGCAGAAAUCCUUCGUAACGAAUUCUUAGCCGAUGAUCAGACGCACGACGAGACAGGAGCAGUAAGCGACCGUUUGCACAGAAAAUUGGACCGUACGAGAGAAAAGCUGGACGAACAGGAUGCCCAGGCAUUGGCUGAUCAGUUCAAAGCCAGAUAUGGUCGGUCUGCCUCGUCCCGUUACAUGGGAUCCAAUACCAACGUUUCUCAACGACUGCUUCUGCCUUCUGUUGACGACCCAUUGAUUUGGGGUGUUCGUGUGCGAAACGGACUGGAAAAGGAACUUGUCAAACAGAUCUACGCCCGUAUGUUGAACAAGAAGUUUGGCGAGGUGUUCAGUGCUUUCCAGAGAGAUAAUUUUACUGGAUAUGUUUACAUCGAGGCGCGCAAGCUGGACGCUGUUAACCAGAUUAUCCAGGGUAUUCCCGGAAUCUAUGCCAACAACAAGAUUCUUGUCCCAAUUGAAGAAUAUCCCGACCUUUUGCGUCCAGGAAGAUCCAACGAGGUUCAACUGCAGCCUGGAGCCUAUGUUCGUGUGAAAGUCGGAAAGUACAAGGGAGAUUUGGGAAUUGUUGACAAUUUGGCAGAGAACGACUUGGAAGUGAGGGUGAAACUUGUUCCUCGUUUGGACUACGGCAAGUCACAGGGAGUUUUCGAUUCCUCCAAGGGUAAGAGAGGUCCAGCAAGCUCCAAAUUCAGACCUCCACAAAGACUGUUUUCCGAGUUUGAGGCUAGUCAAAACGAUCCGGAACACUUAUCCACAGCAAGAAGAGAAAGAGGCUACUACGUUUACAGAAACGAGGAGUUCAUUGACGGAUUCCUGUACAAAGAUAUCAAGAUCCAACAAAUUGAGAGCAAGAAUAUCAAGCCUACGUUGCACGAGCUCACGUUGUUCAAUUCCGGAAGCAACUCCGACGGAAUCGAUCUCCAGUCGAUCGCCUCUUCGUUGAAGGAUGCUAGCGACAACGCUAUUGUUUUCCAACCAGAUGAUAGAGUGGAGAUUGUCAGUGGUGAACAGGCCAAGAUGAAAGGUAAGGUUGUUGGAGCUCCAGAAGCCAAGAUUGCUCGUAUUCAACUGGAAGGAAACGAGGAUUCUGAACUUAAUAACUCGAUCGUCGAAGUUCCUACGUCUACUCUGAGAAAGAUCUUCCUUGCUGGUGACCACGUUACCAUUGUGCAUGGUGUCCACGCCAACGAAAGUGGAUUAAUCGUCAAGGUGGAAGAUAACCAAGUGACUCUUGUUUCUGACCAAACGAAGAAAGAUAUCACCGUUUUCCCUAACUAUCUGUUGAAGAGUGUUGAUUCUUCCAGUGCAACUGUGCAGGCUGGUGCUUUUGAGCUACUCCAGCUUGUCAAGUUGAACUCUCAGAACGUUGGUAUUGUGAUUAGAGCCGAGAAGGAAGUUUUCACUGUGCUGUGCACAGACGGAAGAGUGGUGAAGGUCGAGCCAAAGGCCAUCCAGUCUGCUCUGGAGCUCAAUAAGAUGACAGAAAAGUCUACGGACAGAAGCGGUAACGAAAUCGCUGUCGGUGACGUUGUGAAAGAGGCCGGUGGAGAGAGAAGAGAGGGAAACAUUGUGCAUAUUUACCGCUCCCAUCUGUUCCUCAAGUCAAGAACUCUUAAGGAGAAUGGCGGAAUCAUGGUUGUGGAUUCGUCCGAAGUGCAAACUGUCUCCAACAAAGGAUCGAUUCUCUCUGCAUUCAAGGCUCCAGACCUCAACAAGAUGAACCCGGACAGAGUGAUGCCUCCUCCUGCUGCACCAGUUGUGGCAGCCAAGUUCGGUGGCCGGGAUAUCACAAUCAGUCAGCACGUUAGUGUGAGAAAAGGACCUUACAAGGGAAAGAAAGGUAUCGUGAAAGAUGCUAACGGUGAGGUUGCGCGUGUGGAGAUGCACAACCCGGCCAAGAUCAUUCCUAUCAGCAAGUCGGACUUGCUGUUUGAGACGCGUCCUGGCACGUUUGUGCCGUACGAACAAUAUCUGGACAAUUACCGUGGCAGACGUCCAGGAGCUGCAUUUUCUUCCGGAGGUCCUCCAAACGGUGCAAACGGUGGGUCCAUCCGCAACAAUGGUGGCGGAUUUGGCCCUGGAGGAGGAAGAACGCCGGCCUGGAGCAGUGGUGGCAAGACGCCUGCCUGGGGAAGCGGUGGAAAGACUCCGGCCUGGGGCAGUGGAGGAAAAACUCCUGCCUGGGGCAGUGGGGGUAAGACUCCAGCGUGGAACUCGGGCGGUAAAACGCCAGCUUGGAACUCUGGAGGCAAAACUCCUGCUUGGAACUCUGGAGGCAAAACUCCUGCUUGGAACUCUGGAGGAAAGACUCCUGCUUGGAAUUCUGGCGGUAAGACGCCUGCCUGGGGCAGUGGGGGCAAGACUCCUGGCUGGAACGAUGGGUCAGGAUCUGUGUGGGGAGGCCGUUCUGCAUGGCAGCCCGACGCCGAGACUCCGCACGAAAGCGAUUGGGGCACCUCUCCUGCCGUUGGUGACUGGACCGCGCCUACUCCCGCCAAGGCCGACGACGACUACCACCCAGAGUGA